AUGAGAGCUGUGUCCCCCGUGCUUGUUGAUGCCAAAUCGCUAACCCGACAAAUGGCGGAGGCGGUGCUCGUUGCUCUCGGAAAGAUUGGGAAUGUCUUAGCUGAUGAAGCUACCAAGGCUUUGCUGGCCAAGCUGUCAGAAAAAGUUAGUAAUCUGAUUGAUCUGGAUGACAAGAUUGAGGGAAUAGCGAAGCAAUUAAAUACAAUGAAGAACGUCAUACAGCAGAUAGGCACGCCGUACCUAGCCGACAAAGUCGUAAAGGGUUGGAUUGGGGAGGUGAGGAAGUUGGCCUACCAUGUUGAGGAUGUGAUGGACAAAUACUCAUAUCACUCUCUUCAUGUGGAAAAAGGGUUUCUGAAGAAGUGCCUCAAAGGAUCACAUUAUGUCCGGGUUUUUAGUCAAAUUGCCGAUGAGGUAGUCAAGAUAGAGAAGGAGAUAAAGCAAGUUAUCGGACUCAAGGAGCAAUGGCUGCAACCAUCCCAGCUUGUUCAUGACCCGUGCACUGAGAUGGAAAGACAACGGUCCCAAGAUAUCUUCCCUGAACUUGUGAAAGAUGAAGAUCUUAUUGGAAUUGAAGAUAACAGGAGAAUGAUGACUGAAUGGUUGUACUCGGAUGAGAUGGAGACUACGGUGAUAACGGUGUCGGGUAUGGGUGGGUUGGGAAAAACAACCCUCGUCACAAAUGUGUAUGAACGUGAAAAGAUCAACUUCCAAACAAGUGCGUGGAUGGUUGUGUCUCAGACCUACAGUUUGGAUGCUCUGUUGAGGAAGUUACUCGAGAAGGUUACCGAACAACCAUCAUCACCUAACAUUGACAGGAUGGAUGUGCAUGACUUGAAGGAAGAAAUAAAGCGAAAGCUUAAAGAUAGGAAAUGUUUAAUUGUAUUGGAUGAUGUCUGGAACAAGGAAGUGUACUCUCAAAUGCGAGAUGCAUUCCAGAAUUCUCAUGCAAGUCGCAUCAUCAUCACAACGCGGAACAAUCAUGUUGCUGCUGUUGCUCACUUGACACGCCGUAUCGUUCUCAAGCCUUUGGGGAAUGCUCACGCAUUCGAACUCUUCUGCAGGAGGGUCUUUUAUAUCAAGAAGGACCAUGAGUAUGAGUGUCCCAAUCAUCUCAUGAAAACUGCUAGGUCUAUAGUUGAUAGAUGUCAGGGUCUGCCACUAGCAAUUUUAUCAAUAGGUGGUGUUUUGUCUUCGAGGCCACAAACACAAUACUCUUGGGAGCAGAUAUACAAUCAACUCUCAACUGAGCUGUCGAAGAAUGAUCAUCUCCGGGCAGUUUUAAAUCUGAGCUACCAUGACCUAUCUGGAGACCUCAGAAACUGCCUUUUGUAUUGCAGCCUUUUCCCGGAAGACUACCCGAUGUCACGUGAGAGCCUUGUGAGGCUGUGGGUUGCAGAAGGCUUUGUGUGUAGCAAAGGAAAUAGCACCCCGGAGGAGGUGGCCGAGGGAAACCUGACGGAACUGAUAUACCGCAAUAUGCUUGAAGUCAAGGAGACAGAUGAACUGGGAAGGGUGAGCACCUGUACGAUGCAUGAUAUUGUGCGAGACCUGGCUCUUUGUGUUGCAAGCGAGGAGCAGUUUGUAUGUGCAAAUGAUUAUGCCACAUUGAUACAUAUGAAUAAGGAUGUUCGUCGUCUGUCAUCAUGCGGAUGGAAAGGCAAUACUGCACUGAAAAUUAAGCUUCCCCGUCUUCGAACUCUAGUGUCAGUAGGAGCAAUUUCAUCCAUGCCUGCCAUGCCGUUCUCAGUUUCGUCAGAAUCCAGCUACCUGACUGUCCUCGAGCUACAAGACUCUGAAAUCACUGAAGUGCCGGCAUGGAUAGGUACACUCUUCAAUUUACGUUACAUUGGCUUACGCCGCACCAAGGUGAGGUCACUCCCAGACUCUGUUGAGAAACUAUCGAACCUGCAAACUCUGGACAUCAAGCAAACUAACAUAGAGACCCUACCAAGAGGGAUUGCUAAGAUCAAGAAUCUACGGCACCUCUUAGCUGAUAGAUAUGCUGAUGAGAAGCAGACGGAGUUUCGAUACUUUGUCGGAAUUCAAGCACCGAAAGAACUGCCCAACAUUGAAGGGCUGCAGACUCUUGAGACCAUCCAAGCCAACAAAGACUUGGCUGAGCAGCUGGAGAGAAUGGUGCAAUUGCGAACUCUGUGGAUUGACAACAUAAGUUCUGCUGAAUGCGCAACUAUUUUUGCUGCCCUGUCAAAUAUGCCGCUUCUUUCCAGUCUGCUUCUUGCUGGAAGAGAUGAGAACGAGGCACUUUGUUUCGAGUCCCUCCAGCCAAUGUCCACACAUCUCCACAAGCUGAUCAUCAGAGGGAAAUGGGCCAAGGGAACGCUGGAGUGCCCGAUAUUCCGCAGCCACGGAGAAAAUCUCAAGUAUCUAGCUCUAAGCUGGUGUCACCUUUGGGAAGACGAGGAUCCACUAGGGAUGCUUGCACCACACUUGCCAAACCUCACAUAUCUGCGGCUCAACAACAUGCGCAGUGCAAACAUUUUGGUUCUUUCUGCAGAUUCCUUCCCUCACCUGAAGAGCCUUACACUGAAGCACAUGCAUAAUGUCAACGAGCUAAAGAUCAUCGAUGGCGCCCUUCCGAGCAUCGAAGGUUUGUAUGUCGUGUCAUUGUCGAAGCUGGAUAAGGUCCCUCAAGGCAUUGAAUCCCUUAGUUCCCUGAAGAAGCUCUGGCUGCUGGGCUUGCACGGGGGCUUCAAAGCUCAGUGGGACAAGAACGGAAUGCAGCAGAAGAUGGUGCAUGUUCAGGAGCUUCGUGUCUGA